ACCUUUGGAAUGAGGGUGUGAGUGACUGCUAAUCCCCAUCGCCCUUUUCUCUCAUUCCAGCCUUAUUGUAACACUGCUUUCUACGCCUCUAGCUUGGUAUUUUCUCUCCCUCCCUCCCUUGCUUCCCUCAUCUCAUUGUUCAGAGUAGGCCAAAUCUGAAAUCCUUCCCGGGGUGUGGCUGUGUUCAUCUCGUUCCCAAGCCUAAGUGGGGCAGUGUGAGAAGGACGGAGACACGUCCAGCAGCCAGAGGACUCGGUGGACAGAGUGGAGCACUGUACACAAUAUGCUGCUCUUUGGCUGCAAGGCGUUGCUGAUUCUCACUGCACUCCUCGUCCCCUCCGACUGGCUACUGCUACCAGUCAAUGGUCAACGAGGAGAUGAUGUCACCGAAGAAUUGUUCACGGAAGAUCCUAAUCUGGUGAAUGAUCCUUCUACAGAUGCAACAGUUCUGGCUGAUAUCGGGCCUUCCACAGAUGACCUGGCCUUACCUAGUGAUAAAAAUGCCACUGCAGAAUGCCGGGAUGAAAAAUUCGCCUGCACAAGGCUGUACUCAGUGCAUCGGCCAGUCAAACAAUGCGUUCAUCAGAUCUGCUUCACUAGUUUACGACGCAUGUACAUCAUCAACAAUGAGAUCUGCUCCCGUCUUGUCUGUAAGGAACACGAAGCUAUGAAAGAUGAACUUUGCCGGCAGAUGGCAGGUCUGCCUCCUAGGCGACUCCGUCGCUCCAACUACUUCCGACUUCCUCCCUGUGAAAAUGUGAAUUUGUAGAGACCUGGUGGCCUGUGAUAUCAAGAAGAAGGAAGAAUAUGUGGGUGAGAGGAAACAGAAAUUCCUUCUUCUCCAAACACUUGCAGCUGGCCCACAAACAUGCAUCUUUUAAAAGCCAGGCCCUCGGCAAUGUCCAGCUCUUGUCCUGACUCCUCAGCUAUUUGCUGAAACUUGGUAGCAUUUGCCUCAUUUUUCAGUACUUAAAAUACAAUGUAUGAAUUACAUGAAUUUGCUGCUUUCAAAUAUCAUAGGCAUAGUAGAGUAGACAAGUGAUAACCACAUGACUUAUAUACAAGCAUUCCACAUGUAAUUUCAGAAGAAAAGGGCUUGAGGAUGAGGGUCAGUGGUAGAGUGCUUGUCUGGCAUGCACGCAGCCCUGGGUUUAAUCCUCAGCAACAGUAAACUAUGCAUGGUGGUGCUGCCUGUGCUCUUAGCACUCAGGGGUUGGAGGCAGGGGUAGAAGUCAUGUUUGGCCACAUGGCAAGUUUAAGGCCAGCCUGGAUAACAGGAAAACCUUUCUAAAAAUCAGCUGCCACAGCAGCAAACAACAACAAAACCCAGAAAACUUUAGGUUAAUAAACUUUUUGUUAAAGGUGCUAUGGAUUGAACUCUGGACCUUAUACAAGCUAAGCAAUCACUCUACCACUAAGCUACAGUUCUGUCCCCUGGGAGAAUAAUAUUAUUAGGUGUGUCAAAGUAUUAGGAUGGAAGCCAUCCUUGUCAAUUUUGGAUGGCCAUGGAACUUUAUUUCUUCUCCUUUCUCGAUCAACUCUCCAUAAUUCAUAUAAUCUGCACUCAGUUUAACUAUUUUGCUUGGAUUGUCCUAAACUUGCCUAGCAAGUCUUCUUGACAAGGGUCAUGGUAAUUUUUGUGGUCCCAGAAGAUUCGCCAACAGAGAUAAGAAUUAUUCAAUCCUACUAGUGAUACAUAAAGAUCCAGAAUGUUUUCUUCUAAGCUCAGAGUCUGAGGCUAAUGAAAGAGCUGUCAUAACACAGUGUAGAACUUUGAUCUUAAUCGCCUAUGAUUUCUCAGGUACAAUCCAGAAGUAGGGCUGGAAAGUAAGUCCCAUUUACUCACCUGUUAUGGGAACACAGAGCCCACGGCCACAGACCAUAAUAGACACCUCAAUGUGACUCCAUAUCAAUUGUCUGAGUUUCCUGUUCCUUCUUUUGUGUUGUCACAAGUUACCAAGUGCAAGUCAAGCUUCUGGUGCAAAUGGCUUCUGAUUUGAGAUUAAAGGGCAUUUAUUUUCAAACAUCAAUAGGCAGGCAGAAAAUAUACCUAUUGUUUAAAGUGAAGAUGUCAAAGACUGUAUUUAGAAAACUCACAUUCUUUUGUUGUUGUUGUUUUGUUUUUAUUUUUGGUAUUUACUUUUUUUGGAGACAGGGUCUUAUAUGUAACCCUGGCUGUCCUGAUAUAUACACCAAGCUGGCCUCAAACUUGUGACAAUCCUCCAGCCUCAGCUUCUGAGUGCUUGGAUUAAAGAAAUACACCACCACACCGCUACAAGCACACUCUUUCCGUGGCACUAGUGGUACCAUGUAUGCCAGGAAGUCUUCGCCUUCACUGGGCCAUGCUCAUGUCCCCACCUUUAAUAGAAGCAGUUUAAAUUUUUAUUAACUGUAAGGUUUUAAUUUUGUGGUUCUCUAGCUAUAAAGCCUAGACGUAGAUGUAGUCCAAGUCACAAUAAGCUUUACUCUAGAUGCCCAGAGUAGUCUCAUUAUUAUAACAGAACAAAAUCUCUUACUCCCUACCCCAACAAGGAGGGGCCAGGUGGAGGGGGGAGGACAGGGAGGAGGCUAACAGUGGUAGCAACUUGACUGUAUUCACUGAGUACAAAACUAAUAAAAAAUUAAAAUUAAAAAAAUCUAUUCCCUAUUUUUUUGUGCUGGUGUGGGUCUCAAACUCAUGCCUCAUGCUUGCUAGGAAUUGCCUCUACUACUGAGCUGUAUCUAUAACCCCCUAAGUCCCAUGGUUGAAAGUGGCAAAUUCUUGUCAUUUACUUUUAUGUGACCAUUUCUGUCUGGAAUCUCAAUAGCUUUCCAAAAAGUCCAGUGGAAUUCUCCUAGGAACGGGGUGGUGGUGAUCACAUAUGAUAGUAGUAGUUGGAUUCUUUCAUAAUGCUGAGAAAACUAGCUAAUCAAGGGUCAGUUUAGUGGGAUAUGAACAACUGAUUGAAAAUCCUGAAAAAGCCCCAAAGCAUGUAAUCUCAGUCCUAACCAUAUCAUCUAGAGCAAGGGCACAGUACAGCCACUAUAGGGAGCUCUUACUGGCAUUGCUUCAAAGAACAACCUUAAGAGGAGAGAUGAAGAUUUAAAUCACUGUGAUUUAAUCAGUGCAUGUUGUGUAUGUGUAUUGAAAUAUACAUAUACACAGUUAUUGUAUGGUAGCUAAAACAUCUAAACAUGUUUAAGGGACUAGAAAACUAUGCCAAUAGAUCAUUGCAUACUGUAUAUAUGUAUAAAAUUACAGUCCACAAACUUAUGUAAUUAAAUCAACAGAAAUAAAGUACCAAUACCUAAUAUUUCAUUUAGAAAACAUUAAAAAGUUUGUUUUGUUCCUGGGAUCUGGUAAAAUACAAGAAGUAAAGAAAAAUCUUCAUGAACUGAACCUUCUUAAACCUAUCAGCACCUCAGUCCCAGGAUUGUGUCAAUUGCAAAUUAAACAUGUUAAAAAUAAACUGUUAUCCAAUUUCUUUCUGAGAAUAAAGUGACUUUUGAUCUGUU